AUGUUUGUCAACAGGGUUAUGGGAGGAAGAAUUGGGUUAGUUGAUAUUAGUGCUCAAAUUUUCACUGACAACCCUUUAAAGGAUCCAACACUUCCCGCGUUAUCAACAAAAGAAACACAAUUCCAUACAAGAAACGAACCCAAAACAGCAGUAAGAAACAAAGAAGAAACCAAAGGAAACCAGAGUUUCAUUGCCAAAAGGCUGGAGAUCAGAACAGCAACAUCAAGAAGAGCAGCAAUGGCUUUUCUGUAUCUUCUUCUUGCUAUCUUGAUGAGCUUGGGAGGUCUAGUGCAUGGGCAAUUCUUGCCAAAGACACCGUCUGUAGUGGAAAAUGGUUCACAUGUAUCUGCAUUGUACAUAAUGGGUGAUUCUUCUGUCGAUUGUGGGAAGAACAGUCUCUUCUACCCUUUUCUUCACAGAAAUCUUUCUUUGCUUCCUUGUAAUGGAUCAGACUCGACUCUUCUUCCUCAUCUUCUAGCUCAGAAGAUGGGCUUGCCAAAUUCCCCACCAUUCUACCGUCAGAAUGGAUCGAUUGAAGGGCUAAGAAAAGGAGUGAACUAUGGUUCUGCACAUGCAACAAUCAUAAGCCCCAGGAGCCACAGUCACCAGUCUUUUAAUCAACAGCUACGCCAAGUAUAUGAGACCUUCCAGUUGUUGCUGCUUCAGUAUAGAGAAGACAGAGCCCAGGAUUUUAUCAAAUCCUCCAUAUUCUAUCUUUCCUUUGGAAAAGAUGACUAUGUUGACCUCUUCCUGAGGAAUGCUUCAGGCUUAAUGCUCAAGUACAGUGGCCAAGAAUUUGCUCACAUUCUGGUCAACCAGAUGGUUAAUGCUAUAAGGAUCCUUUAUGAUGCAAAUGUGAGGAAGAUCAUAAGCACGGGAGUAUUGCCGUUGGGAUGCACGCCACGUGUGGUAUGGGAGUGGUAUAAUUCAACUGCUAUUCGUGACGAAAAGGGUUGUGUGGAAGAGAUCAAUGAGUUGGUUUUGCAAUACAAUACCAUGCUAAAUGAGCGCAUUGUGGAGCUUAAUGUGGAGUUGCCAGAUGCGCAGAUAAUUUUCUGUGACGUAUACCAGGGAAUGAUGGAGGUCAUAACCAACCCAACAGUCUCCGGAUUUAGUGAUACCAAGAAUGCGUGCUGUGGGCUCGGUCUUCAUGGUGCAGAGAUUGGCUGUGUUUCUGCAGAGAUGACCUGCGACCAAUCUUCAGCUCAUGUCUGGUGGGAUCUUUACAAUCCUACACAAGCAUUGAACUCCUUACUUGCUGAUUCAGCCUGGUCUGGCUAUCCCUUGCCCGGCAUUUGCCGUCCUAUCACAGUCCAGGAUUUGGUUUACCCUUCAGGUUCACAUCUGACCUGA